CCUCUCAUUGUACUUCGCUUUCCUUUGCCCACUCUCUUUCUACAACAAACAUGGCCGCUAAAUCGGAUGGAGCAGCCGUGUGUGAGAGCGCUUCUCGGUGUCUGCUUGGCCCUGAGCAGAGCGCGGCUCCUCUGCUCCCUCACGCCGAGAAGCGCUUCUCUCUGCUGGACUGCUGCUGGGUGCUCUGCGCCCUCCUGGUCUUCUUCUCCGACGGAGCCACCGACCUGUGGCUGGCAGCGGACUACUACUUGAGGCGGGACUAUUGGUGGUUCGGGCUCACGCUGGUGUUCGUGGUGGUUCCCUCCGCGGUGGUUCAGGUGUUAAGUUUCAGGUGGUUCGUGUACGAUUACUCGGAGAUGAGCGCGUCUCCGGGAGGGGACGGAUGCGAUUUCAGCACCAAGGACAGCGACCGGCGGAGCGGCAGCGGCAGAACUCUGCCUGCGAGCGGGACGCGGAAAUGCUGCAGAGUGUGCAUGUGGCUCUUCCAGUCCAUCAUCCACAUCUUGCAGCUCGGCCAAGUCUGGAGGUACGUCCAUACCUUGUACCUGGGUGUGCAAAGCCGCUGGCAUGGUGGCCCGGGUCAGCGUCAUUUCUACUGGCGCCUGAUGUUCGAGAGCGCUGACAUCAACAUGCUGCGUCUGCUGGAGGCUUUCCUGAAGAGCGCACCUCAACUAGUGCUGCAGCUCAGCAUCAUGAUCCACAGCAACCACAUACUGCCACUGCAAGGUCUCUCAGCAUCUGCCUCAUUGGUUUCUCUCGCCUGGAUGAUCGCAUCCUACCAGAAGGUUCUGCGUGACUCUCGUGACGAUAAGCUCCCCAUGUCCUACAAGGCAGUGAUUGUCCAGAUGCUUUGGCACCUCUUCACCAUCGGUGCUCGAACCAUCGCCUUCGCCCUCUUCGCUUCAGUCUUCCAGCUUUACUUUGGGAUCUUCAUCGUAGCCCAUUGGUGCGCCAUGACCUUCUGGAUCAUCCAGGGUGAGACUGACUUCUGCAUGUCCAAGUGGGAGGAGAUCAUCUACAACAUGGUGGUAGGCAUCAUCUACAUCUUUUGCUGGUUCAACGUGAAGGAAGGUCGUGCCCGCUUUCGGCUGGGCGUGUACUACUGCGUGACCUUGUUUGAGAAUGUCGCGCUCACCGCCGCUUGGUAUAUUCACAGGGGACCUCACACCUCUGACUUUUACGCCCUGAUUAUUGUGUGCGUUGUAGUGUGUAGCUAUGCCUUGGGAACAUUCUUUAUGUUUGUCUAUUAUUGCCUGCUCCACCCGGACGGACCUAUUCUGGGCACUCAGUGGAGCUGUGUUGAGGAAGGAAUGGGAGUUAUUGGCCUGGGAGGCAUUGGGGACUUGGGGACACCCUUGCCCCAGCCAGACGUGGUCACUAGCCCUCCCAGAACACUCCAGAGGACUACUGGUGGGGAUCGGGAGAAUGGGGCUGGGGAUAGAGACAGUUGCAUGCCUGUGUUUCAGGUGAGGCCUCCUAGUGUUCCCCCACCUUCUUCCCCACGUCCCCCAAGAACUGAAGGUCCCGUUAUCCGCAUCGACCUGCCAAGAAAGAGGUACCCAGCCUGGGACGCCCACUUUAUUGACCGUAGGCUGAGGAAAACCAUCCUGGUGCUAGAGAAUACAUCUCCUGUGACACCCCGUAUCCAGUACCAGAGCUUUAGUAACCCCAAAGAAGUGAUGGAGUAUGAGACUACCGUGUAAUGUUGUUCAUACCGCCACCUUCCACAUGACAUCUCUACGCAGAGGUGGGACUCAGGAGGCAGAUGCCGCCAUGAGGUUACAGUCCGAUCCUUGAUGGUCGGCAUGGUGCUACAUGGUGGGACCUCACCACGUUUGGCAUCCGGGGAUGCAUCAGUGGUUCAAGAGUGCACAUCAGGCUUGAUGGGAAUAACAUGGGGUUUACAUGACUUGCAUGGGAAGUGAAACUAAGCGAGGGACUUACCUUUCUGCCUAUGCACUGAACACAUGAGUUUAACUGACAAUGAUGAGAACAAGACAUUUGUAAAAUAUAGAUGAAAUGACCAAUUCAGUAUUCCUCAGGACCAGCCUGACUGCUGUAUUGGUCUUAAGUUUAAUGUUUCAGUGACCUGAAAACAGUACAAAUUGUGUAUUAUUUGCUUCUGUGAAUGGUAAGGUUAGCAAGUUCAAUCAUCCAUUUUCUCAAAAGAGUUCUUCUGUAUUUAAUGACUUAUUUAUUUAUUUAUUAGAUUUAUUUUUAUGACUCUGUGGCCAUGUCUUUGAUAUAAUUCUUCUAACUGAAUAUUCAUAAAUAGAUAUUAUCUUUUGUUAUAUGUAUUCAAUAGAAUGGUGCCAGUGUGUUGGUAUGAAUGUUUCUGUUUUGUUUUUUUGAGGGUGGGGAGGGUUGUCUGGUCAUGCUGCAUUGUAUAACUGUAAAGAUGAAGAAAAAAGUCAUAUAGUAAGACAAAAAGCUGUGAUCACAUUGUAGUUGGAUAAAAAAAAUAAUGCUGUAAAAACUGAAUCAGAUGACAGCCUCGGAAAAAGUAAAACAAAAUUGAA